UGGUGUUGCUAUAGAAACGGCGAAAGCUGAGCUAGGGAUUAGGGAAGAAUUUUUGCGUCCUAUUUAUCUGUCUUCAUUAAAUCAUAGAUAGCCCAUUUUUUAAAAAGCCACGGGGAGCGAUUUAAACUUCUGUUCGCAUGUCUUCAGUCCCUAUGGAGCUGAAAGACAGUGCAGUGACUAGUUCGAAGUGGCUUGAUGCACACUAUGACCCAGUCGCCAAUCUGUAUACCUUUUCGUCAUGCAUUGCUCUGGCAGACUUGCAUGGAGAUGGUGACAACAAGUUAGUGGUGGGUGACCUGGGCACAGGGGCAGGCAACACGAAGCUCAAGGUGUACCGUGGUAUUGGGCUGCUGAGUGAGAACACGCUGCUGGACCUGCCCACUGGCCUGGUGUCCUUCCUCAUGGACCAGCAUGAGCCCCGCACCCCUGCCAUCGCUGUGGCUUCUGGCCCUUUCAUCUACAUCUACAAAAACCUGAGGCCUUACUUCAAGUUCACUCUGCCUUUUCUGGAGGUCAAUACCUUGGAGCAGGAUGUGUGGAGUCAGGCUAGACAGGAUAUGAUCGAUACAAUGACUCUGAAGGAAAUGUUAGAGAGUAUAAGGGCUAAGGCUGACAUCCCUCUCUCAGUCAGAUCACUGCGGUUCCUCAUGCUGGAACCACAGGAAAUGGAGACUUAUGUAAACCUUCACAAGCAGCAACCUAUACGCAGACAGACGGUUAUUACAUGCAUUGGGACGCUGAAGAAGAACAUGGUAGAUGAGGAUGCAGUUAGCUGCCUGGUGGUCGGCACAGAGAGUCAAGAUGUUUACAUCUUGGACCCAGAGGCCUUCACCAUUCUCUCAAAGAUGUCCCUUCCAAGUGUACCUACACUGAUGGAUGUGACUGGUCAAUUUGAUGUUGAGUUCAGAAUCAUCAUAGCUUGUCGCAAUGGGAACAUUUACAUACUGCGCAGGGACUCCCCCAAACCCAAGUACUGCAUUGAGCUGUGCUCUCACCCCGUUGGGCUGGUGAGGAUGGGGAAGAACGUGGUAGUGGGCUGUGCUCAAGAGACUCUUCAGGGCUACACUCAGAAGGGAAAGAAGCUGUGGACGGCCUACCUGCCCGCACCCGUCACAACCAUGGCAGUACUGGAUCUGCCCACACGGGGCUUCCAGGCUGUGCUGGUGGCCCUGGCCAACUGCGAAGUGCACGUGUACCGAGACAAGAACUUGGUCAGCACUAUCAAGACACCGGAUGUAGUGAGCAGCAUUUGUUUUGGACGUUAUGGUCGAGAGGAUGGCACCCUAAUUAUGACUACCAAAGGAGGGGGUCUGAUUGUGAAGAUUCUGAAGAGGACAGCUGUAUUUGAUGAAAGGGACUCUGCCCCUGGACCCCCAUUAGCCCAGAGCAUCCGGCUGAACGUCCCCAAGAAAACCAAGCUUUAUGUGGAUCAAACAAUGAGAGAAAGGGAGAAUGCUGUGGCCAUGCACAGAGCCUUCCAAAUGGACCUUAGCAGGCUGCGGCUAGCAGCAGCCCGCACCUACGUCAAAGCCCUGGAGUCCAGCCUCACUCCUGUGUCAGCCAGCUUGGCAGAACCACUUAAGAUGAACGCUGUGGUUCAAGGCUUGGGCCCAUCUUUCAAACUCACUCUGAACAUCCAGAACACAGCGGUAUGCCGGCCUGUCAUGAACCUAGCUGUCAGUUUCCUAUACGAUGACCGUUUAUAUCGCAUGAGGACGGCCUUCUUUAAGAUACCCCUGCUGGUUCCUGGGCUAAAUUACCCCAUUGACACAUUCGUGGAAUGCUUGAGUGAAAAAGGGAUCUCAGACAUCAUCAAAGUCUUCGUGCUAAGAGAAGGGAAGAGUGUCCCACUCCUCACCGCACAUAUUAACAUGCCUGCAAGUGAAGGACUGGCCCUCAAUUAGGAGCCACAGACCAGAUGGCCUGUUCAGACCAUUAGCAGAUAACAUUGGCACUCUGUGAGCACAGCCACAUGUAGAGGCAGGGGUUAGCACCACUGCAGUACCUGAAAAGAAGAGCCAUGAAGUGCAGGUGAAGAAGCUUGUGCUGGUCUUAGAAGCUGUUAAAGCCAUGUGUAGCGUAGGAGCUCUGUCCUCAGAGGUUUGAGGUAGCAGCUGGAGUACCCGGAUUGCCUGCUGCAGGCUCCUGCGUCUUUGUAAGACUAUGUAGGCUGGUGACUGAUCAUGUAAGAAUGUAUCAAUAGUCUAUGUACUGUAAAGAGCAUUUGCAGUUAUGUAUAUUUGUAAGUAUAUUACUUAUUGUUCUUAA